AUGGUCGCUAAACUCCUCACUCUUUUCGCCACUCUCUCGGCAGUGUUGGCUGUUACUGUGGCCGCUCCUCAGGCUGUCCCUUCGCCUGCCCCUUCGGAUGAAGGCACCCCCAUUGUCGAUCCUGCCCUCAGCCCCGUCCCCACUGACGCGGGCGAUGCAGGGGCGGCUGCCAUUUCUUCCUCUCCCAUUGAGCUGAUUCCAGCUCCCACCCCCACCGAAUCAGUCGACGUUUCUUCCGCCGAGGAGCCUGCUCCCGCUGAUACCCCGGUUGGGGUGGACGAGCCCGUUGAUGAGUCGUCCGAGUCCCCCGUCCAAGCUCAGGUUGACAUCCCAACGACUGAGAUCUUGCCCUCGGCCACCACUUUCGACGGUUGGGGUGGACUCGAGUCUCUCAAGGGCUUCGACAACUUCUAUGGCAAAUACAACUUCGACGGCCACAAGUACAAGCAGAUCAUCGUCAAGCCCAAGAAAGAACUGGUUUGCCGCGUCCGUAAGGUUGAAGUCAUCCAACAGCGUUUGCUCGUUCUUCAGGAGCUCGCCAAGAAGGUCAUCACUGAGAAGGUUUGCGACGUCGAGACCCAGGCCAUCGUCUUCUCGCAAUGGUACGGCGGUCUCCGUGGAUUCGAGCGAGACCUUCUCCGCCUCCCGGGCCACCACCAAGUCGGAUACGAUGAGAAGAUCGUUGACCACUACAACAAGUUCUUCGACCACAAGGGAGACCUCACUGAUGAUGUCUGGGAUUUCACUGGCCACGACCUCGGCAAGAACGUCGUCAUCGUCAAGGGCCACAACUGGGAUGACAAGCGCUCUUUCAAGACUGUUCGCAAUGCUUGGCACAGAGCCAGGAAUGCCUGGUCUCGCUUCUGGUAA